UGUUCCGGGUUUCCUUGAGCUCCGCCCGCCUUCCGCCAACCCCCAGCUACAGGCCCUUGGUCCCUGGGUUGGCCUGUCCUUCACAAAGCGACCCUUACCUAUCAUUCCCCACUGGGCCUGCCAGCCGCGGAGCCUCCGCGCUUCUUUGCUGACUCCGCCUUGCGUCCGUAGGACCCGCCUCGCGUCUGAUCUGACCCUCUGCGCGUCUGCCAGUCAGUCCCUCCGGACCUGCCGCCAGCCUCAGGCUGCAGAAAUCACCGCGCCUCACUUGGUCCGUACCCAGUGGGCAUCUUGGGUAUCUGGGCGGUCUCCGGUUCCCUGCGCGUUUGUAUGUCUGUCUCUCUGUCUGAUUCGCUGUCUGCAGCCUGCCUGCUGUCCCAGCACACCAAGUGUCCAGUGUACCCUUUCGCUGACGCUGAGGGCAGAGCUGUCUUUUACCUCAACAGUGAUUCUGAGUCUGCUUUUAGCUUCCCUUCACCUGAAUUGGCUUUUUCUGUUCCUGAACAGAUUUUUUGGUCCAUAGAUUAGAGAAAGCAGCCUUUUUCUCUCCUCUGAAAGCCUCCUGUAUUCAGAAAGAUGGGGAGUGGGGAGCCUAAUCCUGCAGGCAAGAAAAAGAAGUACCUCAAAGCAGCCCUAUAUGUGGGUGACUUGGAUCCAGAAGUCACUGAGGACAUGCUCUAUAAGAAGUUCAGGCCUGCUGGCCCUCUGCGCUUCACCAGAAUCUGCCGUGACCCAGUGACUCACAGUCCUCUGGGCUAUGGCUAUGUUAACUUCCGUUUUCCUGCGGAUGCUGAGUGGGCCCUGAACACCAUGAAUUUUGACUUGAUUAAUGGCAAACCAUUCCGCCUCAUGUGGUCACAGCCAGAUGACCGUUUAAGAAAGUCUGGAGUUGGAAAUAUAUUCAUCAAAAACCUGGACAAAUCCAUAGAUAAUAGGAGUCUCUUUUAUUUGUUUUCUGCUUUUGGGAACAUUCUUUCCUGUAAAGUCGUUUGUGAUGACAAUGGUUCUAAGGGUUAUGCAUAUGUACAUUUUGACAGUCUGGCUGCUGCCAAUAGGGCUAUCUGGCACAUGAAUGGAGUGCAGCUCAACAACCGCCAAGUGUAUGUUGGCAGAUUCAAAUUCCCCGAAGAACGAGCAGCUGAAGUCAGAACCAGGGAUAAAGCAACUUUCACCAAUGUUUUUGUUAAAAACCUUGGAGAUGACAUGGAUGAUGAAAAACUGAAGACACUUUUCAGUGAAUAUGGGCAAACUGAGAGCGUUAAGUUAGUAAGAGAUGCUAGUGGGAAAUCUAAAGGUUUUGGAUUUGUGAGAUAUGAGACACAUGACGCUGCUCAAAAGGCUGUGUUAGACCUUCAUGGAAAAUCAGUGGAUGGGAAAGUUCUAUAUGUAGGACGAGCACAGAAGAAAAUUGAACGUUUGGCUGAAUUAAGGCGGAGGUUUGAAAGGCUGAGAUUAAAAGAAAAAAGUCGGCCUCCAGGCGUGCCUAUUUAUAUUAAGAACCUGGAUGAGACCAUAGAUGAGGAAAAACUGAAAGAAGAAUUUUCUGCAUUUGGAUCUAUUAGCCGAGCUAAGGUGAUGAUGGAAGUGGGACAAGGGAAAGGGUUUGGUGUCAUCUGCUUCUCUUCCUUUGAAGAGGCCACCAAAGCAGUGGAAGAGAUGAAUGGUCGCUUAGUGGGCUCCAAACCCUUGCAUGUCACACUGGGCCAGGUUAGGCGCAGGUGGUGAAAAUCAGAAUGCUCAGUGUUUUUCAACUUUAGCAGAUGCUACUUAGUUUGGCUACCUUUAUAAUAAGGGUUUAUUUUGUGUCAAAUCAAAAGUGUUAUUUUUAAGUGAAUACUUUCUUUUGAAAACAAAAUGAAACUAGAUAAUCUUGUUCAUGUAAGUGAAGAACAUAAUUUCUAAUUGUAAAGUCAUUUUGUACUAUUUUUUGAUAUAAUGUCCUUAGAAAUACAUAAAAUAAAAUGUAUUCCUCCACAUUUUUCCUGAACAGCCAAGGUAAGAAAAUUGAUGGAAUGUAUUUCCCUCCUUAUUUAUUUAAAUAUACUAAAUUAAUUACCUCCUUGAAAACUGUAUUACCAUGACCUUGACAAAAGUAUCAUGGUGAAAAUUUUUAACUUGCUUUUUUAUAAAUCACUAGGGCAGGAAAAAAUGUAUUCCAUCCAGUUAGAUUCUGUGCAUAAUUUUCUUUAAAUUAUUUUAAAAUAAGUUGGUUUUUAAAAGAUAUGAAGUUUCUUUAUUUAUUUUCCUUUUAAACUAUAUUGUGAACAUACUACAGAUUUUUUAGUGAUGUUGACUAGUGUUAAGUUUGUUUUUAUUAGCUUUAUGUCUGUUUUCUUAAUCUAUACCUUAAAAAAUUUAACACUUCAGUUAGUGGCUUUUAAAGCUAAAAACUUUUUCUGAGAGGUUUUACAGUUGAAGACACUAUGGGCAAUUCUUACCACUCAUAUUUCUGGAUUCUCUAGUGCCUCGUUUAUAUUAUAUUAAAUUAAAAAUAAAAGUGAGUAACUACACUCACUUGCCAUUACUGCAGAUAAUAUUUUAUCUUUAGCCUCAAUCAAAUAUCAAUGUAAAAUGUAAAUAGUCUAUAGAAUGAUGUAGAGAAACAUACUAUCUCUUGUAAAUUCUUGAAUAUAUUCACUUUAUAUAUUCAGAGAUGUUUGAAAGUUAAGGAAAAGGUUCUGUAUUGACUAAAUCAUAUACUACCACUAUAUGAGAAUUAUGGACUGAAUUAUCUUUAUGUUUGGGAUACUUGGAAGCUCAGGAGAAAAAUGUUUUGUUUGGUACUUCAGUUACAUAAAAUGCCCUGUAAUUAUUAUUUCACCUGCUGUUUAAUAUUUCCCUCACUGUCUGCUUUCCACCCAUAUUACACAUAUUUUUGUCAUUUUUGUAUUAGCUUUUUUAUAUAAUACCAUAAAAAUACAUUUAUGAAGUAGAAAAAUAACUAAUGUAUAUAAAAUUUCACCCAUUAUUCUAAAAGUGCAUGAUUGUCUCAUAAAACAGAUCCAACCACAAGAAAAUAUUUUGUCUCUGUUGUAGUAGGUUAUGUAUUAUAUAUGAACCUUGAUUUUCUUAUACUAUAAAUAUAUAAAUUUUUAACACUGUUGUUAGCUUUUGAACCAUAAAAUAAUGAUAAUAAGCUGCUUUUAUGUACAGUGGUGCCUCAGAUCACAAACAUUUGUUCCAUGAUUUUGGAAAAGAUGUCCAGUUUGUGUUUGUUCAGGAAAGAUGCCUGUGAUUGUGUCUGUCAUCAGACAUAGAUUGCAAAUAAAAACAAAAGUUUUCAUAAACUGAGGAAUCAAUAUAAUUGUUCAUCUAAUAAUUAUAUUUAUUAUUAAGAAUUUCCAAAAUGGAAAUCACAGGUUUUGUUGAUUAUAAACAUGAUAAAUGCUCAUUAUAAAAUAUAUGCAUUAUAAAAGGAGGCAAAAUUAUCAAAAUUUAAAAUGACCACUCUUGCCAGGCAUGGUGGUAAGUUCUUGUAAUCCCAGCAGUUAGGAGGCUAAGGCAGAAGGACUGCUGUGUGUUUGAGGCCUUCCCAAGUGUAUCAUUCCACAUAUUUCUUCUAAGUAUAUCCGCAAUCACAACCUCGAGCUUGCCAGUCAGGCACUUAUGCCACUGAGCUAAAUCCUCAGUUAUAUCCACAAUUCUUACAAAAAAAUCCCUAUGUGUAUUAUUUUGUAUUUUUAGUUUAAACUGAACCAUAACUACCCUAUUAUGCCUCUGUCAAUCAGCAUUAUUAUUAUAGUGCCUGUAUAAUAUUUCUCUUUAAAAUAAAUUAGAAAUCAACAAUUUGCUAUUGAAUGAGAUUUAGAUAAUUUAUUAAUUUUUACAUUGUUUUUAAAUUACCAUGCUGUGAUGAAUAUUUCUUUCUUAUAAAAAUUGUAAAACAUACUAGAUUCAGAAAGUUAGCUAUAGAAUCUUUCAGUUUGAAUUCAACAGCAAAGUAAAAAUUUGCAUCAUGUUUAAAUAUAUGAAAAAUCUGGUACACCAUUAUAUAUAUUCUAUGUACAUUAACAAAAGGAAAUCUACAAAAACCAGGAGGUGUAUUUCCGGUUUUACACUAUUUUGAUCAUCAAAACUUAUGAAAACUAUGGACCUUCAAACAGAAUUCAAAUCAUCAUGUAAUUCUUCAUCAUAUAUAUUAUCUGUUCCUUAUUAGCCAUUAGCAAUUUUCAUUUAAAUUUGUAAACCUCAAAUAUCAGUGUUAGUCCGGAUAUUUUACAAAUGCUUUCAUUGAGUAUAAAUCUAGAAACAUUUCUAGAAAUUAAAAAUCAUCAAGUAUAGUUAUUUAAAACCUAGUUUAGGAACUAUGUAAAUGUUUGAAUUAUUACUGUUUUCCAAAUGUCAGCCAUUGUAAAGGAUAUGAUAAAUUAGCAUAUGCCAAAGCACAGGUAAAAUACACACAUUUAGAAUAGUGAUAAACAAUGAAAAAUCUCUGAAUUCAAUUUGCAGAUAUCAUUGGAAAAAUAUCAAAGACAGAUUAUUUGUACACAGAUCUGAGUGGUAUUUCAAACUUAUGCAUUUCAUUUUUAACUAUGUUUAAUAUAUUGCAAAUGAUUAAACUUUCCAAAAGUUCAAACCAAUGACAAGGGUUUGAUAAAAAUUUACUGUUAAUGUAAUGCACUGCAUGUGUUAAUUCAUACCAGUAUACUGUUAAUGGUCAAGACAAGAAGGAACUUCUCAAUACAAAUUUUGCCUUGUCCUGUCUAGCUUUUUGAAGCAGUAACUUGUACAAAACUUAAGUGUGACCCUGGAGAAUAAAAUUACAAAUAUCGUUUUGUGAUUGAUAACCACCACAUUCAAGGUUAUUAAAGAGAAUUUUUUGUAUAGGAAGAUUCACAUAUUUUGCUGACUGAUUAUAUCCAUAAUUAAGGAAAAAUAAAAUAUUAUGUGUGUAAGUGAUCUAGGAAAAAGAAAGAAUACUUAUUUUUAAGAAUAAAUUUUAAAAUGGUGUGAAUAUUAUCUUACCUAUAAAUAAAUGGUUGAAUUUAAGAAAAAAAUUGCAAAUAUUCACAACACGUCUAGCAAUACCUGAAUCCAUAAAUACUUGUUGAAUAAAUGCAUUUAUAAUCCGUUAUAUUCGUUCAUUUACUUUCCAAUUAUUUUCAAAAUAUUUAGCAAGAUAAAUGAAUUAUUACAGCAAAAGGCAUUUGUAUUAAAUAUCCUCUUAUGAAAAAGUCUACUUAGUUAUAUACUAAUGCUAAAAUAUGUUUGUGUUUUAUCAUUGCUUGGAGUGUUCUCAUGCUCUUUUUCAUUAGUAUUUAAAUUUUAUUGAUGGGUCUUCCUUAAACACAAAGCUGCUACCCAUUAGCACAUUUGUUUGUAGAAUAACACUUUUUAUUUAUUAAUGAUAUGCUCUUUCAAGACAAUUCUUCUUCCACAGUCUGGUUUCUUGAGAUACUAGCACUUGCUCAUGUGAAAUUUAUUAAUUCUUCCAUGUUUCAGUGUUUUAUUUACUGGUCAUGUAAUGUAAUCAAACAAAUUGUUUCUUGGAGUCUCAAGAGACUUAGUGGAGCUACCACUAGAAACCUGAGAAUAAAAAACCCAGACUAAUUGAAAGUACUAAGGACAAAAUUCUUAGGAGCUCAAAAACAAAACAAAGCAAAACACCAAAUAAACCUCCAAGUAACCUCAACUCUCAAAAGUGAGAACUAAUUUUAAAAUAGCAUUUGUGGAUAGAAAAAAAAUUACUUUUCUCAUUAAAUCCCAUCAAAAUCUGCACUUUUCAUGGUUAAUUUAAUUUUAAAAAUUUAGUUCUUUGGAGAGGCCUUUAAAAGGAAUUGGAGCUGAUACUGUAUGGCAUGACUUUGUCAGACAUUACAGUGAAUUUAUUUCUUUGGUUAAGGACUAAUCAUUAUGGCAAAACACCAGACAUGGCAAUAUUUUGGUUGAAAAAAAAAAGCUCUGUAAUGUAGAAUAAAUUCACAUUCUCUGGGGAUAGAUUUGAAAUUUCUAAAGUAUAAAAUCAAUGACUUCAUUAUUCAUUACGUGGGGCUAUUCAAAUAUUAAAUUUAAGGUAAUUUACAAAAUGACAAAUAACUCUCUUUUAAGUCAACUCUUUUUGAAGACAUUGAACAGUACAAAUCCUUGAGGAGAAAAACUAGAGAAAAUUGCAAACUUCUUUUUCAAUGUUACAUGAAUCAAAAUAUUUUUAGGUUUUAAAAAUGUACAAUAUUUUAAAGUUUUUAAAGGAAUAAAUACCUUAUAAUGGUCAUUUUGACUAAGAGGAGCUUUAUUUUAGGCUUUGGAUAGUAGCAGAGUGAUGCAAGUCAAGAUAUAAAAUUUGUUUGCUGAAGAAAAAGAAAAAAAUAAAAAGUUUAAUUACAUUGUUUAAAGAACAGGAAAUUUAUAAAUAACUCAAAAAAUUCAAGUAAAGAGCACAGAGAAACAAUGAGUAAUUUAAAGUCAAGAAUUAUAACCGAAUAAUAUGAAGACAUUAAAUUUGUACAGGUUUAUAUCUAAUAUAAGGUAGGAAAUCAAAUAUAGUUAGAGUUCAAUUUGUGUGGAUAUUAUCAUUGAUGUGACUAUCGCAGUAAUACUAAGCCUCAGAAUUAUGUAUUUUGUAAGUGAUUUUACUUAAAUAAUUAUUGGUGCUAAUCUACUCAUCUCUACUACUUGUAUUUAAUUUCCAUCAAUUUAAUUUCAACUUCUCCAUUACAAAGGGUUUUUGUAACCAUGACUUCAAAAAGUUAUUUGUGGGUACUAUAUGUGCAUGCAUAUAAUACUGUGAAACUUUGCUGGGGUAAAGUUUUAAAAUGUGCAUAUUAAGUUAAAGUACAUGAAUAGAAUUGUUUCUCUUAUUUAUAUGUAGAUUAAUGUGUUAAUCUGAAGAUAUUCUUUAAAGAAAUGUACAUUUUAUAAUAAUGCUAAUUAAAGCAAUGAGAAAUCAGUGAGCUCUAUUUGGAAUGUCAGUUUGAUAAAGUAUACUUAAACUGUCAUAUAUAUAUUUACUGUGGGAUGAAUGUUCGGGCAUGGCAGCGUAUUCCUAUAAGAGCAAGAAGUUCUGCUAAGAGAAACUGCCUAAGUUUUGUCAAGUAGCAACAUAAGCAAUGAAAUCAUUUAUAUGGAGGCUUUACUUGUUUUGUGGAGACAUAGUGCAAUAAUAUGAGCACUCUCAGGCAAAAAAUAAAAAAAAUUUAGUAAGAUAAAAUAUUUUGAAACAUCUAUUAUAUUUUGUAACAAGUGAAGCAACUCAUGAAAGAAUAAAAAUAAAAAACAAGGAUUGGUUAUUAAAAACACAAAAUAUUAACAAUUCUGAGUUAGAAUGAUUUUCUCAUACAGUAGUGUCAAUUUUCACAUUUUUAUAUUAUAUUUCCAUAUAUAUGUAUAUAUAAUUUUAUGUAUGAUCAUUAUAUAUGUAUGAUCAUUUUUAUAAGUAUAAUCUAUUUUAGAGCUCAAAGACAAAUCUGUUUACUGCAUUCUAAUGUUAUAUAAAUUGAAAAAGGGCUCUCCAUAUUUUCCUUAAGGCAAUUAUUAUGAUAAAGAUUAUUGAGGCAGAAUUUCUGAUGUAAGUAACUCUGCAUGGAGUUUUGUCUAGAAGCUGUGUCAAAGGUUUUAGGGUUGUACAAGUUGUUUUAGGUAAUGUUGAAUCAUAUGAAUUUAGAGCAUUUCUAACUUUAUAAAAGUGUUAAUUUGCUUAACACACAAAAUCUAUUCAUCAUGCAGAUUUAUGGCUAAAGAUUGGAAACAUUAUUAAAUACAUGAGACACUAUGGAAUCUCUCUGAAAUUCAAAGCUGUGGCUCAUUGAACACUUAAAAAUAUAUUAAAUAAAUCUGUAUUAAAAUUUGUUACUAAAAGAGGGAAGUUUUGGAUAAGUUUGAUAUUCUAAGAAAAAGUAUAUCACUAUCAGACACUAAUUAAUUCAUUAUCCUAGGGAUGAGAACCUCAAAAAAUCAAUAAAGGUGAUGAUUGAUAAAAAUGGCAAAAAGGUCAUAUAAAUUUUUCAGAACAACA